AAAUUAGUUGUUGUUGGUGAUGGUGGUUGUGGUAAGACAUGUUUAUUAAUUUCAUAUUCUCAAGGUGAAUUUCCAACUGUUUAUGUUCCAACCAUUUUUGAAAACUAUGUGACCAAUGUUAAAGGUCCAAAAAAUAAGAUCAUAGAACUAGCCUUAUGGGAUACUGCUGGUCAAGAAGAAUAUGAUAGAUUACGCCCAUUGUCCUAUCCUGAUGUCAACAUUUUACUAGUGUGUUAUGCCAUCAAUAGUAUUACUAGUUUACAUAAUGUUAGGGAAACAUGGACACCUGAAGUUAAGCACUUUUGUCCUGGUAUACCCAUAAUAUUGGUUGGUACAAAGAUGGACUUAAGCUCCACGAGUGAUUCUAUUGUGGAUUUCCACGAAGCUGAAAGACUUGCACAAGAAAUUGGUGCUGUUGAACAUAUUAGAUGCUCAGCCAAGACAACAGAGAAUAUAAAUCACGUUUUCAAUGUUGCCAUCACAAGUGCAUUG